AUUUUUUAAUAAUUAUUAAACUUUUUUUACUUACCAUAAGUUUUUUACCAUUUACAUGCAUUUAAAAAUUAUUGCAAAUUUUUGCAAUUAGUCUGUACAGCAAUUAUAUAUUUAACAACUAUAAUGCCCACCUCAGUGACCUCACUCUUCUACAAUAAAAAAUGAAUACAUUAUACAAUAUACAUGUGAAUGUGUAUUCCUUAUUGCGUAACAAUAGGAACUGUAAAAUUUUAUUAAGUUUUUCUAGCCCACAGCUGUUACGAACCUACUUUUUAUAGGUCCUAUUGAUAUUCGCGACAAAAAAAACAACAAAAUGAUCUUAUGUAGACACUUAUUUAUGACUCGAGCGCCAUUCACAGUUGUGAUUAACAAUACCCAAUUAAACAGCCAUUUAUGGUAUAGUGAGACCAGCAGACGGUACACCAAUAAUGUAAAUGGCCAUGCAAAGAAUCAAUCUGGAGUAGAUAAUCUACCCCUGAUGGACUUACUUGGACGGAAACAUGAUUAUCUGCGGAUAUCUCUUACAGAGCGGUGCAACCUUCGCUGUCAAUACUGCAUGCCGGCCGAGGGCGUGCCGCUGUGCGGGCGAAACGAGCUGCUGUCGCGCGACGAGCUGUCGCGGCUGGUGCGGCUGUUCGCGUCGCUGGGCGUGCGCAAGGUGCGGCUGACCGGCGGAGAGCCUACGUUGCGGCCGGAUCUGGCCGACGUGGUGCGCGAGGUGGCGGCCACCGACGGCAUCGCCACCGUGGCCAUGACCAGCAACGGCGUGGCUCUGGCGCGCCGACUGCCGGCGUUGCGCCGCGCGGGCCUCGGCGCGCUCAACCUCUCGCUCGACACUCUGCGCGAGGACCGCUACGAGCGCAUGGCGAGGCGCCCCGGUCUGCGAAAGGUCCUGGCCUGCGUCGAUCUCGCUCUGCAGCUCGACUACCGCCCUCUCAAAAUUAACACCGUUCUCAUGAAAGGUUUCAACGACGACGAGAUUUGCGACUUCGCCGAAUUCACUAAAGACAAGGACAUAGAAGUCAGGUUCAUCGAGUUCAUGCCGUUCUCGGGCAACGCGUGGGCCGACGCGAGGCUCGUGCCCGGCGACGAGGCGCUCGCCGCGCUCCGAAACCGCUACGGCGACCUGGUGCCGCUGGCCGCGCCCUCCUGCGGCACGGCGUCGCUGUGGCGCGUUCCCGGCCACGUCGGCCGCCUCGGCUUCAUCUCCUCCAUGACGCGCCCGUUCUGCGGCUCCUGCAAUCGCCUGCGCCUCACGGCCGACGGCGGCCUCAAGGUGUGCCUGUUCGGCGCCGACGAGCUCUCGCUGCGCGACGCCCUGCGGGCCGGCGUCGCCGACGACGACCUGUCCGCGCUCGUGCGGGCCGCUCUCCGCCGCAAGAGGCCGCAGCACGCAGCGGGACCGCCGGCGCGGCGGGCUCGGGCGGCGCCGGCGGGGCGGCGCGGCUACUGCACGCUCACCCACCUCGACGCGGAGGGCCGCGCGCGCAUGGUCGACGUGGGCGCCAAGCCGGUGACGCGGCGGGGUGCGCGCGCCGAGUGCGUGCUGCUGGUCAGCGAGAAGCUGGCGCGGCUGCUGCGCGGCGCCGGCCUCUCGAAGGGCGACGCGACGACGGUGGCGCAGGUGGCGGGCGCGCUGGGCGCGAAGCGCACGGCCGACCUCGUCCCGUUGUGCCAUCCGCUGCCGCUGGAGCUGGCGCGCGUGACGGUGGAGCUCCCGAGCGCGACGGCGAGUCCGCGCGACGGCCGCGUGUCCGUGAAGUUGGCGUGCGAAACGCGGGCGACGUCGCGCACCGGCGUAGAGAUGGAGGCGCUGACGGGGUGCGCCGUGGCCGCGCUCGCGCUCUACGACAUGUGCAAGUCGGUCGACCGGCACAUGACCAUCGGUGAGCUUCGCGUCGUGAGCAAGUUUGGCGGCGCGAGCGGCGACUGGUGUCUCGCCGAGGGAGGCGCUCCGCCGAAGCCGUCGUCCGAGAAGUACUAAUAUUAUGAAUGUUUUGAAUAGCUCUUAAAAUAAGUGAAAUUUUUAUUAUAAUAAAACAACAAUUUGUUAAAUACGGCUCAAGAUUUUCACAUUUAGUAGGAUGAGAAAAUAAUAAGCUGGCAGCGAUUAGGUAAGCGGGCAAACAUCAGUACCCACUUUGUUUUUUUAUUUUAUUUUUUUUAAUAUUGUUACUUUGCUUUAUAUGCUCACUUUGACUUGGCUCCCUUGUUUACUGAGAAAUAAUCAUAACUGACUUAAAAUUAAAAACAUUUAAAUAAGCGAGGAUCUUUAUUACUAGUAAAUACAAAGUUAAAUAAAAUUAUUUUUAUCUAUAAGGAAAUUAUAAAUUUAUAAUGUUUUUAUUGUAAAGCAAAGAUAUAAGAUUUAUUUUGAUACUAUGUAAUUUAAGUUAUAUGACCCUAAUGUAAUAGAAGUUAGUUUUAGUGUCCAUUUCAUAUAAUAAAUUUUUAUCACAUGUUUAGUCAA